AUGGCUCUGGAAUUCAGUUUGGUGGUUUCUUAUAGAACAAAACGUGCAGUUACUACACGACUCCCUAUUUGCAGUUUUGGGGCAUUUAUCCUAGAGAAAUUAAAUCGCUAUUUCCACAAAAACCCGGACACAAAUGUUUGUAACAGCGUCAUUGAGGUGAAAGCAGUGGCCAAGGUCACCGAGCUGGAAAGAGCUUCAGGGCUUGGCUCUGAACUCAGACCUUCUGACUCAAACCCAGAGAGGCUGAGGCAGGAAAUCGGCAGGACAGUUCCUCCAGGCGCGCUGCUGUGCACUGGACUGUCCCCAGAUAAGGAGGUCUCCGGAGAGGAAGAGCCUGGGACAAAGAAGAUCUGCGCGGAUGUGGAGAACAGGAAAUGGCGCCAGCUGGGGUUUUCCCAGCCUCCCGAGGCAAGCAGCACCGGGAACCCAGCAGAAGGGCAGGCGGGCCGGGAGCGUGGACCUCGGGAGCCGCCCAGCCGCUGUGUCCGGCUCUGUGCACGGUGCUGGGCAGCCGCAGUCCCCACUCUCCAGGAUCUCACCAUCCAGGCAGGAGGCCCUCUGCAUUCAGAUCCCCUAUGCAAAGGAGGAUUCGAGAGGAGAAAAGGCCAUCUCGGGGUUCCAAUUCCUGCUGCCCAGCCCAGGCACGGAUGUCUAAAGCCCAUCUGGGACAACCGAGCUUUUGCAGUGUACAAGAAUAUGGUCGGGCUGAAGAAAGCCACUCCCAGAUGCCUUCCUAAAGCGAGUUGUAAUAAAAAGAAGGGGAGAAAGUGUGAGAGAUCCAGGCCUCCUGACUGCCAGGGUUCUGUCAAGCUGUUCCUGGCAUCAAGAAAUUCUGGCGGUGCCAUUUUGAUCUCAGGAACAGGACAGGUUUUCAUCAUAGCUGCCUUUGCAAAUAGAAAGCAGGGAUAGCA